AUGAGUCGGGAUCUGGCGAAGGAGGUGGACCAGGCGCUGCAGCAGGACAGGUACGACAUCAACCUCUUUGUCCGUUUCUUUAAGAGCCACGUCAUGGCGGGCACGCAGCCAGACAAGCGUCUCCUGCUCGGCAUCCUGGUGCAGGCGCUGCCGCGCUUCCACACUAGCGACUUCUCCGCCUGCAUCUCCCUCGUGCAGAGCCACGUGCAGGAUGCGCCGUACAUCGAGAAAGAGCUUGGCAUGAUCUACGAUCUCGAGAACUACCUCAGCUGCGGCCGCUUUGCGCAGUUCUGGGAGGUGUGGGCCGCGUCGAAGAGUCUGCUCCCCGCCUCGCCAAGCUUUGAGCCGCAGAUGCGCGCCGGUAUCCUGACGGUGGUGUGCAGUACGCUGGAGCGUGUGCCGGUGGCGAAGAUGGCGGUGUACCUCGGCGUCGCGCCGGCGCAGCUGCAGGCGGCCCUCAAGGAUGCUGCGCACCUCGCCGGCGACAGCGCCAACUUGGUUGCGUGCGACAGCGACACGGUGACGUUCGCCAAGACAAUGUUCAACGCGCCGGAGAGUGACUCGAACCAGCAGCCGCUACGGUUCGCCGACAUCGCGUCGAUUGUCUCGUAG